AUGGUCCGGAGGAGGCUGCGAGAGCGUGCCGACAACAAGACUUCCGCAUGCCGGAACUUGCAUGUGUUGCAUAGGUCAAGGCCACACUACCUCAACAUCUACGUCAGCAGGGAGCAUCGUCUGCUGUACUGCGGCGUUGAAAAAGUCGGAUCCUCGUUCUGGAAGCGCGCGUUCAAGGUCAUGAACAAGCCUGUGAGUAAACGCCUGGGGAUAUUUGACAUGACGAGCAUGAGUGCACAUGUGGAUAUUCCCAACUCCAUGAAGCUGACUAACUAUACUAAAGAGGAACAGAUGGAGAUGUUGAGAACCUUCCAGACGUUUAUGUUCACACGAGAUCCGUUCUCCCACCUGUUCUCGGCGUGGCUGGACAAGUUCUUCCUGCCCAGCACCAUCGCUGCUCACAACAUCGCCACCAUCCGCCGUCUGUACGUCGGCCACGCCUACAGGAAAGGGUUGGUGAUCGACGUCCACUUGACAGCCAUCCACAAGCACUGCGACCUCUGCAACAUCAACUACACACUCAUCGGCAAGAUGGAGACCUUCAUGCAAGACUCAAGGUCAAGAGAGAUCCUGAGCCUGGUCGGGCUGGAGAUGAGGAACAUUUCCGGUGCCGGUGCCAGAGAUCUGGUGAGGGCAAACGAGGUCAAGGUCAUGUCCGACAUCAUCAGCCGGACCUACGGGUUCCUGACCAGCAGCCCAUUCAUCUGCAUGCCGAUGUACGAAGGCCUCAGAAGACUCUGGACGGUGUUCCAGGCACAAGGCUACAUCUCCAGGCACAUCCCCUACCCCAAGCAUCUCCACAACCACACCCACAUCCCAGAGAACGAGUUUAAGACAGCCGCCUUCCGGGCAUACGACGACUCGGGCCCACCGGAAGUACGUCAUCAGCAGAGAGAGGAAGCCAUGUUUGAGGCCUACUCCACUGUCUCAUCAGACACCAUUUCACUUUUGGAAACUGUGUUCGAGCCGGAUUGUUUAAUGUUUGGUUAUUCGUGUAAUCUGACGGAGAAACUAAUAAAAAGAAAAUUCACGGAUCCGGUUUAUUUUGCCGGCUUCGAUUGGCAGCCGGUUAAUGGAAGAAAGUCAACAGCAAAGAAGGAUUAUUAG